AUGGCGGAAUCGAGCACAUCCUCCGCCUCACCGCGAGCCGCCAAGCGUCGACGGACACAGCGCUCCAGCUCCGGACUGCAAAGCCGAAGUUCCAUUGCAUCCUCCACCUCGUCCACAAGCAGCAAAGAGGGCGCCGAAACAUGCUCCACGUCUUGCUCUUCUGUUCCAACACCUCGAUCUCAACCACCGCGUCUGAAACGCUUUCUGACAUGGUGUCGAUCACAAGGACUUCACAUUGGAUCCAAUUUGGACUUGCGCUAUUCGGGUGAUUCGAUAUCAUGGAGCAUCGCAGUCCAUGCGGACAACCUGAUCGACAACGAUGUGGUCGUCGCUACCAUCCCGAAAUCCGCUGUUCUCUCACGCAAGACGUCGGCACUCUCGUCAGUGCUUAAAGGAAAAUGGCUCAGCGAAUCACACGAGACGGUCGGGCUGGAACUCGCUCUCUGUCUGCUGUACGAACGAUGUCUCGGCUCAGUAUCGAAAUUUGAGCCAUUCAUCUCUAUUCUACCACGCCUCCCUGUCUCCCUUCCCUUUCUACGGGAUACAUCCGACGAUUCCUCACCAUGGCGUUGGAUAUCAGGCACAGAAGCAGAUCGGAUCGACAACCGUGCUUCCCUCUCCUACCAUCUCUCGACCUCAACGACAUGGCCUUACUCGCACGAUUACGGCAUGAGCAAAGCCAAAGCCCUCGAGUAUUUUUGUUCCACGGGCAUCCCAAUACUCGCACGGAGCAAACUGUUUGAUGCUACGCAGAGGCAACAUCUCGACGGACUGGAGGGUACAUUCUUGACAGCGUACACGCACGUCUCUUCGCGAGACUUCAUCGUGGAUACUUACCACGGCGUAGGGCUGGUUCCUGUGGCGGAUCUAUUCAACCAUGCGGAGGUGCAUACGGUCCAGUUUGAAUCGGAUCAGGACGUGUGCGAGCUGUGUGGGGUGGCAUUUUUGACGGGACACGAGCAAGAGAUGUGUCGAUUCGGGACGGAAGCAAACAAAGAAGACGUGAAAGCAGAUGAGGAUGAAGAAGGAGAAAAUCGUGCUGCGCAUGAGCCAGAGGCGCAAAGCCAUGUCGACAACGGGGAAGAAGAAGAAGGUACUGAGACAGCUUCUACCAUCGCGAAGGACGACGACAGCGGUGAGGAGACCCCGGAGGACCACGUCGACACCCUCGAUAUGCGCACCUUGACCUCGCACGCUCGCGGCGCCGAGAUGUUCAACACGUACGGCCCACUCACCAACGCUCUCCUCCUCACACGGUACGGCUUCUGCCUCGACACCGAGACGGAUAUGGAGCGUUUCACAGUGGAUUUGCGGUUUCCUCUGGAGAGGAAAGCGUUCCUCCAAGCCUUCCUUUCCGAGCCCGCUUCGCCCUUCAAGUCGAUCCACGAGGUCUUAGCGGCCUUCGACGAGUUGCUGUCCCGUAUUGCUGACAGAUAUCCUCGUUCAGGCGAAGAGGAUGAAGACGAGGACGAGGAUGAGAAGACAGAGGACAUGGAACCUGCACUCCGCACCGAAAGUGUCGCCAUCGAUGCACUGCAUCAACUCAAUCAACUCUUACCGAGCUCUCAGGAGGGUUGGCUAUCAUCCUUCUGUCCACUCUACGCAACCAUUCCAGACCGACCCGAGGCGAUCGACGAAGACUUGGUGGAGAGGGAUCAAAUUCACCCACUGUUCAUCUCUUCCACCGGUCGAACGAGUCUUCCUCUGUUCCUGCUCACUUUCCUACUGCAUUGCCGCAAAUCGUCUUCGCCGCUUCCCACGAGUCUCUCGGACCUAAAGCUGGACAGCGACCAUGUGCAGAGGACGCUACGCACUUUGCACAGAUUUUGGUCAGACCGACUGGCCCAGCUGUACAUCAACGACCAGGUCGAGGUAGCUCUGCAGCGACUGGAAGAUCACCAGGUGGAAUACGUGGAAAAAGCAUGCAUCCAACACGCCUAUCAGGAAUACGCCGCAACACAAUCCGCCGUCGCCAGUCUGCAAGACCUAAUCAGCCCUGCCAGAACUUGA